UUUAGUUGCGAACAAGAAGUGAACAAGUGAUAUAUAUAUAACGAUAUGAGGAAUUCUCUGAAGAAUAACCUGAGGAAUAGCCUAGAGUUGAGGAUCAAGCCUUAUUACUCGAGGCUUCAUGUGAACGAUGAUAACAAUGAUAGAGAGGACAACAAGGGUAUGGUGAGUCCAGCAGCAGCCGAACGGGCCGCUUCGGCCACCGUUCGGCUCAACAUGCCGACGAUAGCCGAUCAGACGAAACAACUGCCAGCGCAGCCUAGGCCUGCCAAGACGAAGUUCACGCGACGUAUCACGCCUGCUUUCGCGUCAAAUGUCUUUCUCGCGAUACUCGUUCUGUCCCUCCUCGUGCUAGCCGAAUUCGGCUUCAUCCCCGGACCGAAGCUGGGCUACUACUGCCAGGACCCCAGCAUAUCCCACAAGUUCCAGGGAGAGGUGGUGUCUCCCCUGGUCCUGCUGGUGGGCUCCCUCGUGCUGCCCCUGCUGGUGCUUCUCUGCACAGAACUGAUAGCCAGCCGGACGUUCAAGAAGGUGGAUUGCGGCUUGGUGUGGUACUAUUACAAGGAGUGCGCUAUAGGGUGUAUCCUGGUAUUGGCGCUGACGCAAAUUGCCAAAGUUCUUGUCGGAGAACACCGACCGCACUUUUUUGACGUUUGCGAGCCAGAUACUGCGCAAGGGUGCGUGCCAGGGAGUUUCGUGGAGAGCUACAGGUGCACUAGUGCCAGGUUCAGCGGGUACUUCCUCGUGGACUCGUCCAGGUCUUUUCCCUCGGGACACUCUUCGGUCUCGUGGUUCGUCGGGGUGUUUUCAGCGUACGUCAUCCAAACGAGACUGCCAAGUGUUCGUACCGGCAGGCUGUUGAAGCCUUUCCUGAUAUCGCUGUGCCUCACGUGGUCUCUGCUAUGUUCUCUCACGAGGAUCACCGACAGGAGGCACCACUGGUGGGACGUACUGGCAGGUACCACUUUGGGUGUACUAGGAGCUCUGUAUACUAUCCAGAUGGUGCAUAAGAAGAUGCACGGCAGUAGUAGCAUGGCCAAUAAAGUGUGUUCUUCUACCACUACUUUGGUGGACGUCAAGAAUAAAGAUGCCACUAGUGUGAUUAUUUGAGUUUCAGUGAUAUUGCGGAGAGGGGUUGAGUGAUGUGACUUUUUGUCAUCCACUUCCUUGAAGUUCAGGAUAAAUAAUGAAUCCAUUUCCCAUAGAAAAUGAUAGGAAUUUCAGACUAGUUUUGAACUGAAAGAGUUAAGAGAGCUGAUUGAAAUUACUACAACUCUAUAGAAGGUUUUUCAAUUCAUUCAAUCUUUGUCACUAGUUCAAAACUAUGUACCUAUAUUUUUCUAUAUGUUUAUAAGCUGAUAAUGAAGUCGAAUAUUGAAUACUUAAAUAAUCGAUUACGUAGAACGAAUACAGAAAAAACAGGUAUUUCGACGAAACUUUUACUAGCCCCAGUAGAUCUGAAAUAUAGAAAAAAAGGAAACAUGUUUAGCACAACAAUAGUGUCCAUCAUCAGCCGAAGAAUGAAGAUUGUCACGGGAAUGAAAAAUUGUUACAUUGUGGACGGCGGAAUAGCGUAGUGGUUGAUUGAUUGAUUGAUUAAUAGCAGAAUGAUCAGUCAGGGUUCGAAGACCAAAACACUGCAGCCUUUGGGCCUAUUGUAUUCCUGAUCAUGCUGUUGACUUAGGUGAACAGGUUCGCUACCUUGAUAAGGUUCAGCAGCCUCUUCACCAAAUCAUUCUUUGGAAAGGCCUCUUGAGAGUUUACUGGUCCCAGAAGGUUGUAUCUCCAACGCGCUAGUGCUUGGCACCAUGGGUGGCAGUUUCCUCCUCCUCAUUGCAUAGUCUGCAUAUGGGUUCAUCUGUAUAAAUGCCCAUUUGAUGCAUCAUGUUUCCUCAAGGGGCAGUGACCGGUUAUUAGUCCCGUCACUUGUUUGAUCUGACUUCUGUUUAGGCUCAGAAUGUCGUUAGUCACUGUUUUGGACAGUGUUCCAACCAUCAGUUUACUGUGUCUUUGUCCUGGGACAUUGUUCCAGUAUGCCUGAUGCCUUUCUUGCAUCCACCUUGCCAGCCAGCCGCGUAUUGAGGUUUUGGGGAUACCAAACACAGGUUCCGGUCCCAUAAACAACGCCGCAGACCCUUAUUGCCUGGCAAGAGCGUCAGCUGCUUCAUUGCCUUCAAUCCCCUUAUGCACCCAUUGAAGAGUUACCUUGUUGUGGUUAGCCAAGGUAAGCAGGCUUUGAAGGCAAUCCCAGACCAGUUUUGAUCUGAUUUAAUUGCAUGUUAAAGAUUGAAUGGUCGCCUAACUAUCUGAGCAUAUGAGGAUUUGUUUACCUCUGUAUCCUCUUACAAUAUUCUCUCUCAGGCAUACCUCCCCAAGGAAGCACAAAUCCUGGUUCUGGGUCUAUCUCCAUAUAUUCCGGCUCCCGUACCCUCAUCAGUCUUAGAACCGUCAGUGUACCACACUAACGUGCCCUCCUGACAGCGUAGUGGUUGAGGAGCAGAGAAUUUUUUUUGGAAAUUUUCGUAGCCUCGGCCGGAGAUGGUUCCGCACGAUACGCUGUUGCGUUCCGAUUGACAGUGCUGCUCCUCAGGUGGCGUACGAAGUUAGUAACAGAACCUACACAUAACACACAUGGGCCAAAGGACCGCUCGUAGGAUCGAUGGCUAGUUGGCAUGUAACUACAUACAUAUCAACGAAGUACAUAAACUACUACUACCACUGUCACAUUGUAUAUCAUAUAAGUGGAUAUUUAUAUUUUUGUUUUUCCUAUAACUAGGGAAAACACGGUGGAAAACUGACAUUGGGGACCCCAAUUAUUCAAAUGUUUUAUUUUUUAUUUUUCCAUCAGUUGAUGACGGCUCUUUGUCCGAAACGUGUUUCCCUUCUGAUCCUCAACAGGAUAUCGCAUGUUGUGGAGAUGAUCUAGAGUUUGUUCUUAUACAUAACCAUUCCACUCCACUGUACCGAAGAUAGUCAGCUGAUAUUUUUGAUUUUCAUGUCUUCGUACUGCUGACAGGCAUCAAUAGAUUUUGAUAAUUUUUGUGGAUUUUUGGAAAUAAUUUUUGUAAUUGAGUAUUUAUCUAAUAUUAAUGAUGUUGUUCCGUACUAGUACUGUAAGCCAGAGAUGUCGUUGCGUAAUUAUUUAUUCUAUUUUUAAAUUUCCAUACCAUGUAUUUUGCAUCAAACGGUGAAUUUAGAAAACCUUUGAGAAAUCGAUUAUGUUUUUAAUACAAGUGCUUUCAGAAUAUCUUCUUUGCCCAAUGUAAACGGAAAAAGAAAACUUCGGGGAAGCCUUUGUAAGUAUUAAUUUUCUGAUGUUGUGGAAUUGGGUAUGAGGAACUUAUAUUUUGUCGAAAGAAAAUGUACCUAAGCUCCAUUCUGAUGACGUGUUUCAUAUUGAGUGAAACAUUUACUCUGUAAAUAUUGUUUGUAAAUAAUGGUGUUUUCAUAAAACACGAGAUAUACAUAUAGUAAAUAAGGUGUGUGUCUUCAAAAAAUCUUGUAUGUUAAUUUAUUGAAAAAUGUAAUUUCUUAACAAAAAUAGUUAAUUAUAAUAAAUAUUCGAUAUUUUA